AUGGAGGUUUCAGUUUCAGGCAAGAAAAAGAUCAAGCCUGACCCUUUCACUGAUAUUGUGUUUUCUUGGUCCCUGGAGGACAUUUUCAAUGAGGAUCUUUACAAAGACAAGGUGAAAAAGAUUCCUGAAUCAUUUCAAUCGGCUCAGCAUUACUUUCGGUCUUAUAUAUAUCCUUUACUGGAAGAAACCCGAGCAGAAUUGCAUUCAAAUAUGAAAACUCUUAAUAGAGCACCGUUUGCUCAAGUAGUGCGUUUUGAAGAAGCCAAGCCAUAUGGAACAAAGCUAUAUGAUGUCAAGGUUGAUAAAUGGCAUAACAGGUUCAUUGAUAGUGGCAAGGAGCCAUAUAAAACUUUGCCCGGUGAUCUUUUUGUUUUAGCUGAUGCUAAACCUGAAACUGUUUCCGAUUUACAAAGAGUAGGGAGGUCAUGGGCUUUUGCAUCGGCCACUAAUUAUGUCCCAGAAAGUGAGAAUGAAGAUGACAGUACCUCUCUUUAUUUCGAAGUCAAGGCAUCAAAAGAGUUUGAAGUCGAAAAUAGCAGGACAUCACUUUUUAUAGUUUUCUUGGGGAGUUUAAUCCGUGAUGGAAGAAUUUGGAAAGCGUUGCACAUGUCCAGAAAUCUGAAGAUUAUCAACGAAGUUCUAUGCACUGAUUCUAUGGUUCAGAAAGGUUUCUGCUCUGAAAGGAAUAAUGACAUCUGGAAUCAGAGUAUAGUUGAGAGUUUAUCAUCUGGAUUGAAUGAAUCCCAAACUGGGGCAGUGUUGGCCUGCCUUGAAAUGCUGCAUUCUGGUGAAAAGUCUGCCGUGCAACUUAUCUGGGGUCCUCCUGGUACUGGAAAAACAAAAACCACAAUGGUGAGUAAAGCAGAGCCAAAUGAUUUGUUUUGUUCUUUAGGAGAAAUUCUUCUGUUUGGGAAUAAGGAGCGACUCAAAAUUGGUGCAGACAUUGAAGAAAUUUAUAUGGAUUGCCGCGUCAAAAGGCUUGUAGAUUUUUUGGGGCCAAGGACUGGUUGGAGGGAUUGCUUUGCUUCCAUGAUAGGUUUACUUGAGGAUUGUGUUUCUGAUUACCAUAUUUUCUUGGAAAAUGAGUUCACGAAAGAGACAGAACAAAUGAAUGUUAGUGAAACGAAAGAUAAAGAAUGCAGAAGAGGUGCUCAAGUUAAAAAGGGGAAGUGCAAAACAUUUGUUCAAUUUUUGAGAGGUAGAUUUGCGUCUACUGCAACACCGUUAAGAUAUUGCAUUUCUGUGUUCUGUACCCAUGUAGGGAAAAAUUAUAUUUCGGUAGACAAUUUCCAAGACUUGGUUUCGCUUAUCCGGUUAGUUGAUUCCUUUGAGUUACUGUUAUCUCAAGAUAAUGUUGUUUCUGAAGUGUUGGAAGAACUCUUUUCUCAUUCGGAUGUUGAAGAUGUGUCUGAGUCGUUUGUAGGCAACUCUUUUGAUCUUUGUAUGAUGAGAAGGGAUUGCCUUUUAGCUUUACGCACUCUACGGGAUUCUCUUAGUCAACUUAAACUUCCAAAUAUUAGGAAUGAGGAAUCUAUACGGAAGUUCUGUUUUCAAAGAGCAUCUCUAAUAUUUUGCACUGCAUCUAGUUCGUAUAAGCUGCAUAGAGUGGCAAUGGAACCACUAAGCAUUGUUGUUAUUGACGAGGCUGCACAGCUAAAAGAGUGUGAGUCAACAAUACCCCUGCAACUUCCAGGUGUGAAGCAUGCUGUUCUUGUUGGUGAUGAAUGUCAGUUACCAGCUACGGUAAUAAGCAAGGUUUCUGAUGAAGCUGGUUUUGCAAGAAGCUUGUUUGAGAGGUUGAGCUUAAUGGGUCAUUCAAAACAUAUUUUAAAUAUGCAAUACAGAAUGCAUCCAUCAAUAAGUUUAUUCCCAAAUUCAAAUUUCUAUAAAGACUUGAUCCAGGAGAAGCACUAUCUUCCAGGAGCAAUGUUUGGUCCUUAUUCUUUUAUAAAUGUGAUUGAUGGAAGAGAGGAAAAAGAAGAGGAUGGACCCAGUCGGAAAAAUAUAGUGGAGGUUGCUAUUGUUUCAAAAAUACUGCGGAAUCUGUACAAAGGCAUGUCUAGCAGGAGAUUCUUCUUCAUAUUCUCAUCUCAGUAUUUUAAUCAUUGGGAUUUCCAAAUUGAUGCUUUUUAUGCUUUUGGUUUAAAUUUUACAUUACCUUAUUCACUAAAGAAUACUGACUUGAACUGCAACAAAUCACUUCUCAUGUAA